AUGCUCAAAAAUUGGGCAGUUCGGCAGCUGGCUUCAGCACUGUCUGACUAUGUGGAAGGCAUAUCCACGGAGACGGUGCAAGCAAGCCUCGGCCGGGACAUUGGCCGCCUGAACCUGACGGGGGCCAGAGUGAAUCCGCAGGCAGUCGAGCAGUACGGCCUGGAAGUGUUGCGCAGCGAGCUGAGCAUUGAUGCGGAGGUGCCCUGGCGGCACCUCAGCUCUCAGCCCACCACGCUCACGGUGUGCUCCCUCCGCCUGGAGCUGCGACUCUCGCGGAGGAAGGAUGCAACGCAGAACUCCAGCGAGGCCAAAGAAGAGCAGGUGAAGAAGCUGGAAGACGAGCUGAUGGCUAGUGCCGAGGAGGCCCAGGAGGGCGGGGGCUUCGUCUUCGGCCGCGUGGCCCGUUUGUCCCACGCCAUCCUGCGCCAGCUGCGCGUGAGCAUCGGCCGUUUGGAGGCGGUGGUGCACCAUCAGCAACCUGGCAAGGCGCCUGUGACCAUCGCGCUGGGGGAGUCCGGCCUUGAGAGCGUCGGGCCCGACUGGCAAAGCCUGCCCACGGACGAGACUGACCUCAGAAAGGUCUUGCGCCUCAGCGGCUUCGAAGCCAAGUUGGGGGGCCGCGACCUGCGGCUCUUUGGGCCGCUGGCGGUGCAAGCGCGGCUGUUGCACUCGCCGGAGCAAGCAUUGGUCAAGCUCUGGCUGGAGCUACCGCAGGAGGCAGACACGGCCUUUCAGAUCAGCCCGGAGGCACUGCAAGAGCUCCGGAGCUGGUUUGACUGGGUGGUGGCUGAGUUCUUGCAGGACAGCGGCCAGGGCCGGGAGUUGUCGGAGGCGGCGGGCCUGAGAUACGCCGCGGUGUACGGCAGCAAGCUGAAGGGCGAGCCCUUCGACGAGGAGCUGCUGGCCAAACUGGAGGCCACCGCCAGCGUGAAGUGGCUGGCCCAGUGGCGGUGCCAGAGUCGCCUUGAAGGCGGGGAAGCCGAAGCGGCCGCAGAUGGCCAUGGCCCAGAGCGGGUGGAGUCCCAGUGGCGGUCGUGGCUGCACUGGGCAAAAGGCGACACAGAGACGAAGGAGACGAAGGAGACGAAGGAGACGAAGGAGACGAAGGAGACGAAGGAGACGAAGGAGACGAAGGAGAUGAAGACGAAGGACCAAAUCCCGCCAAAAGAAGCGUGGCCUGAGGACUCGGACUUGCACUUCUCAGCGGCUCUGCUGGAUGAAGUAGUGACGGAGGAGUUGCCGGAGCUCUCCACGCCCACGAGGUUUGAAGUUGACAUGUUGAUCUCGCAGUACACCGCUCUCUGCGCUGCGUCAGGUGGCUUGUUGAAGGCUUCGGUGGGGGGCGCUGCCUUCUCCCUGGACGUGGCCACUGCGUCCGGCUCCGAGUCCGCCCGGAAGCUGUGCCUUACGGUGAAGCUGGCAUCGAUGUCCAUCUCCCUGGACGACCAGCCCCUGGUGCAGCUGCUCGAGCGGGCGGGGGCGGAGCGGGCCUCCUUCGAGCGGCAGGCCUCACAUGACAGGAGGCUGAGUCCUGGCGCUGGUCUACAGUUCCAGGUGCACGCGGACCAGCGGCCGUCCUCGCCUUUGGAUGUGGCGGUGACCUUGUUGGGGGAGCCCGUGCAGGUGGAGUUGGCGCCCAUGACGCUGCACGGCACCCUGCGGUCCAUACAGGAUGCGGUCAACGCCUGGAGGAGCCCGAUGAGCCUAGCGCCGGAAGAGGAGGAGGUCUCUGAGCCGGAAGGGCCGGACCGGCCGGACGUGGAGGAGUCUCAGGCGGUGAAGCACGCCAAAGCUGCCGCCUCGGUGGCUGGAUUGGAUGCUAUACAUCUGAGCCUCAGCGUGGAGGUCGAGGCUCCCAUCCUGCGGCUGCAAACCUGGCACGAUGGCUCCGCCUUGGAGCUGCAUCUCGGCUGCUUCUCUGCAAAGACGCUGCAGCAGGAUCGCCUUCAGUUCUCGGAGUCGGAGGGCUUGAGUAUGCUGCUACAAGAGGCUCAGUCCAUCGAUCCCCGAGCAUUUGCAGUGAUUUGUGAGCUCCGCGACACUCGCAUCAAAGUGAUGGAGCUGGGCGAACGAGAUCGAUUUGCAUAUGAGCCUUCGACAAUUGUACUGGGCGCAGCUCUGACAGGAGCUGGCAGGCAGAUUCACGCCGAGGCUUCCCGCAUGCGCUGCCACAUUGAUCCGGGGCUCUUGCACUUGAUUGGCCAACUCCAGGUGGGCCUGGACUUUGCCUUGGCCCCGUUGUCCGGCAACGUGAGGGCCCCCCCCUCGGUCCAAAGGACCACAUCGAGGCGGCGCAGGGCUUCCAUCAAGCCGGAGGGACCGCCUUUGAAGUUCAACCUCCGCACCGGCAGCUUCGAUGUCAUCUGGGAUCCAUGUGGUGGAGGCGGGUUCCACGACUCAUCCGUGAAGGGCAGAAUUGCCGGAGUGAGCUUGAAGGUGGAGACGGGCCUCCGUACCAGCGUCGUGGGCAACGCCCAGGAUGCUCACAUGGACUGUGGGGACCAGCGCUUUGUGAGUAUCAUCGGCAACUUAGACGUGCAGGCAGACUGGUCACAGCAGGCGGUGAAGUUGGUGCUGGUGGCCCCGCCGGUGGAGCUGCGCUGGUCCGCGGCCUCCGUGCGCAAGGCGCUGCUCGCCGGCGCCACGGUGCAGCGCGAGGUGCAGGUGGGCCAGUCCGAGGCGCUGCAGCGGUGCCCGCAGCAGGAGAGCGACCUUGGCAUGACCAAAGCGCUGUGGGAGCGCUUCGUGGCGGAGCGCACCGAGGAGCUGCGGGGCGCCCUGGAGGAGGCCAUCCGGGAGUUCCAGGAGCCCACGGGACUCCCGAGGACCAUCCAGGUCACCAUCCAGAGCCGCGAGCUGCGUGCAGUGCUGCUGCGGCCAUCGGGGGAUGCUGGCCAAACAGUGGAGGUGCAGGCCACCAUGCGCGGCCUGGAGUGCGAUGUGCAGCGGGGCGAGGGCCUGUUGGUGAGGACCACCUUGACCAGCCUGGAGGUGUGGCUUUGUGAGCGCUUGCUGCUGGCGCCACGGCAAGCAGAUUUGCCACUACUGCAGGCCCAGCUGACGCGGGGUCCACAGGGGACCUCACAGUCGCAAGCCUAUGACCUGCACGUGGCCUGGGCCCAGAUUGCCUUGGUCUACCGGCAGCGAGACUUCGAGCGCAUCGCGGGGCUGUGCCACGAGGAAGUCACCAGCGCAGCCAAGCACACCCAUUCAGAGCCCAAGUCAGAGGCGGUGUCCAGUCAGGAUGCGCUUCCAGAAGUGGCGCAAGGCAGCCAGGAGUCAGAAAAGGCCAGGAAGUUUCAACUGACUUAUUGCUUUGACAUCGAUGCUCCGCUGCUCUUCCUUCCGGCAAGUUCUGGCAAGAAAUGUGAUGCUGACCGCAGUUCCACCGGUGGUCUGAGUACUGAUGCUGAUGCAGUGCAGAGCUCUCAGCGUAAUUUCCAUCCACUUCCUGACGAAGGUUUUUUGGUUCUGGAUUUGGGGAACUGCUUGGUCGAGUCUGACCUCGCGAACGCGGGUUCGGUGAAGAUUUCGAUGAAGCGGCUCCAGGUCUUCUUUGCGGCGUCUUCGGACCAAGAUCCCGCGCAGACCUGGCAUCAGGUGCUGCGGCCCGUCACUGCCGACGUGGAGGUCAACAGCUCCAAGGAUUCAUUGGACAUUCACGUCAUCGCACCUCUUUCACUUUUGGAGAGAGCCACGUCGGACAGAUCCUGCCACUCCAUAUCUGACGUGUCACCAAUCGCUUGCGGAGACCCACUGACCGGUGAAUAUCGAACUCCUCCACACUUCAGAUUGACACGGGGGCAUGCCACCCAAUUCUUCGACGUCUUGUAUCUGAACUUCAGCUAUGCCUCUGCAGACGAGGUGGAUGCUCUGCGGGAGGCCCUGAAAGUGCGGCUACAACAGCAGCUGGAGGAGCUGCCGGUGUCGGGCCGGGGCUUCAGCUUCACUUUGGAGUGGACGGGGGCGCUGCUGGUGGAGGCAGGGUUCACCCACACUACGCCCUUGGCGCGCCUGGAGAUCAUGAACGGCCGCUUCCAGUACAGGAGGCCCACUUCUCAGGGCGAGGCUGUGAGCCGGUACAUUGACUUCAGCUGCCAGGGGGGCUGCGUCAAAGACACCCGUGACUUCCAGGGCAGCAAGCUGGGCAUGCUGAUCGACCUGCCCAACCAGGAGAAGCCCGGCCUGGAGGUGGCAACCAUCAUGCCGCCGGAGCAAACCGACCCCAUGCAGCUUACAGUGGAGUUGCGCCAGCCUAACGUUUGGCUGCUGCCCCAGCUUUGGAUGGACUUGCUGACCUGGGCGCUGUCCAUCUACCAGCAGACAGCGCAAGCCAACGCGGUCGAGGGCAGCGUCAGUGAAGAGGUCUCCAGGACUCAGCAGAUGAAGGUCAUUGUGUCAGAUGGUGCGGUUCGUUUGCCAAUCGCUUGGGCUGCCCCUGCUGAGCACUUUGCACUGAUGGGGGACGUGAUUUUGUCCAUCAACACGGAGGGCAGCAAGAUGUGCUUCGACCCCAUUUCUCUUCCCAAUGCGAGCCUGAUCCGGGUGUCCGUGUCUGACAGCCUGAGCAACUGCCACAACCGACUCCUCUGUGAGAAGGUGGUCUUUUUUGCCAAGGUGAUCUCGGAGAAGCAGGUGGCUGCAGGCACCCGGAUCAGCAUGUACUGCGCAGAGCUGGUGAAGCUGCAGCGCUUCCAGGUCCGCAUCACUUUGCAGGACGUGCUGGAGCUGUCGGACAUGCUGCAGGCCAUGGCUCUCAUGGAGGCAGAGAGCGUGGAGCCCCAGGAGGAGAUCCGAUCGCGAGAUCCCUUGUCCCUGGUUCAGCCACAGAAGAUGAGCGUGGCCACUUCCGUGGAGCUGGACGGUAUGGAUUUGCAGGUCAUGGCACCACGCCCGGUACUGGAGUUUGCCCUGGGCUGCCCUCUGACGCAGGUGCACCUGUCCUGGGUGCGGGGGGAGACGCCGAUGGGCUCUGUGCGCCUGGAGCGCUUCUGGCUGCGGCUGAAGGCCCUCAACGAGCGCCUGGCCGCCUGGGAGCCGAUUUUGGGCGACGCGGUCUGGAACUUGGACUUCCUGUGCCGCCGCACCCGCGACCGGCCGGAGGCGGUGGCGGAGGUGUACGCGGCGCCGGUGUCAGCCAUCCAGGUGGCCGUGACGGUGCCGGUGAUCCGCGCCUGCGCGCGGCUGCUCCAGUCCUACGGGGACGCCGUGGAUGCAGCCCAGGAGGCCAAGGAGCGGCGCAAGCCGCAGCCCUCCGCGCGGGCGGAGACCACCGUGAAGAAAUUUGAGGAUGAAGUGGUUGGCAUUAACUUGACGGGCCUGCGCUGCAUUGCUUCAAAGGUGGCGGACCUGGACUCCUUCCUCUCCGCGGACCGGGGCUCGGCGUUCACCACCUGCCUGGGCUCCAAGCCGGUGGGCCUGGAUCGCCUGGUGGACGCCAACCGGAAGCUGAAGAUCCAACUGCUGGGCCUGGAAGGGUGUCCCAUCAAGUCCAUCUCGGUGCGUGCUGGUGCAACGGAGUUCUGGAACACGAGCGGUGGUCGGCUCCUGGUGCAGGUCAUGGUGCCACGCCCGCCUCAGAUGCUGGUGCUCAUCACGUCGCCCCUUGUGCUGGUGAACCGCACGCUCCUGGAUGAUCUGGAAGUGAAGCUUCUGGGUGUGCCCAACUUGGCUGUGGAGGCCAGCCUGUGGCCGCCCUUCUGCAUGCCCUCCCAGCUGCUGGAUGCGCGAAACGGCAGCCAGCUGGAGGCGUCGGCUUCGGCCGAGUCCUGGACGGCGGAAUCCUCGGAGUAUGUGAACUCCCACACCCUGCUGCUGCCCUCGAACUUCAUCUUGGCUAUUCCCCCCCAGGCCCUUCGGCCGGAGGCUUGCUUCCAGCUGCGGCCCUGCCCAAGCUCGGUCGGGGGUAUGAACUUCUCCUUCGGUGCCCCUGUCCACCCUACAGCUGUGCUGCAGAUGGAGGACGCUUAUGCUGUCUACUCCAGGUCUGCUUGUUCUGAGGUGAGCAUGCCUGCGCAUGGGCUGCGACUCACGGUGGAGGAGAGGUUGGACAUGUGCAAGCUAGAAAUUCAGGCACCCUUCAGCCUCUGCAACGCCACUCCAGUUGAGCUUUGCUGCCACCUUUGCUGGUCCAACGAUGGCUCCUGGGAACCACAGAAGUUGGAGGACAGGAAGGACAGAUGUGACGCGCAGGAGACUUUGCACAUUUGCGAUGGGUACGGGGGUGUUUGGGAUGUGCCUGAGAACGGCUUUGCGUAUGUGGCGCCCCUGCGUAGCCAGGGCAGCUUUCAAUGGUGGACCAGCUCCAGGAAGGAGCGGCAAGACUGUCAUAGGAGCACCAACUUCCUGCAGGUGAAGCGUGACGGGCAGCGGAUCUUCUGGCAGUUCUGCCAGGCCAGGCGUGGGCUGUCGAGCCACCGGCCUCUGCGCCUGGCGCCAGGGGAUGAGGUGCCCAUCUACGAGCUGCCGGAGCAGUUCGGCUCGGCCCCGUCCGGGGGAGUGCUGCGACAGUCCCUGCACCGGAACGAGCGGAGUCUCCCGCCCCUGCUGCUGUCAGUGGCCUUGUCGGAUCGGAGCGGUCGGAUGUCCGCAUGGUCACCCCCGACACCAGUUCUGGUGGACGGACAGAUGGUUCCCGUGCCCAUGGACCUAAGCCCGCUGUGGCUUAGGUGCGCCAGGCAAACUGGGCAGUGCAAGGCCAAGAUCUACGGGAAUUGCUGGUUCAACGAUGCCACGGGCCUAGAUGUAGUCCUCAUCCGCCACAAGGAGGUCGCGCCCGUCUACAAUAACCUGGCCGUGAUCGAUGAUGAGGCGUGGGGUGGUGGUGAGGACGAGGCCAGCCCGUUCCAGGUCGUGCUGAACCGCACCUGCCAGCCCGUGCCUUUGCCCUUUGUAAACCUGGGCCAGUCCGCCAAAGUGCGACUCUCCGAGAUCCACGACUGCAUCUUGCGGUCCGAGCCUAUCAGCGCCUCCAGUUCCCACGGGGUGAGCUCCACCUUGCUCACGCUCAUGCCGGCACUGCUGGCCUUCAACCGCCUGGACUGUGAGGUGGGCGUGCGGCAGGAGGGCACGGCUCGGGUCAUUUGGCUGGAAGCCCAGACUGGGUGCUCGGCCAUCUACUGGGUACAAGAGCGGCCCAGGAGGCUGCAGGCGGCGGUGCGCAAGAGAGGCGGCAGGGAGCCAGACGCCUGGUCUGCAUCAUUUGAUGUGUCUGAACAUGGCAUUGGGUGCUUUCCUGUUCGGCUGCAAGACGCGGAGCUGAAGGAGUUUCUUCUGUGUCUUCAAGUCGAGCAGUGCUCUGGCCAGCUCAUGACGCUCACCGCAGCAGGACCCUCUGCGUGCCACCAGCUCGUCAACCGCCACCCUUGCUUAGUCGUUGACGGUUCCUUUGUGGACAGUACGAUGGAAUUUUCCUCGCGCUUUGUGGCGGUGCACGGGGCAAAGGUAGCUUUCGGCUUCCCCGGAGUGCUUCGAUUUGGCAUGGAUCGGCGUGUGGUGCUUAUCCUCGGGGACAUCAGCAGCCGGAGCUCGGCGUCGGUGGAACUCCAGCUGGGGCGUCCGAGCAACCAGGUCGUGGAGGCGUCCCAUCUACAGUUCCCGGUAGCUGUCCGACUCGACAUCGUUCAGCGUGUCGCCCACAUCACAGUGUCACCAGUUGGCUUCCUGGUGGGAUUUGAGGGUAGUGACUCCCUUUCUUGGACCUUUCAGAUGGACGUCCGGAUCCCUGCACUGGACGUGGGCAUCAAGGCCAGCCACUCUCCCUUCGGGGAGACCUUCCGCAUUCACCUGAAGGACCUCCACCUGCGGAUCAACCAGAGCGAUGGCAAGAGGGAGACAGUCUGCGAGCUCGCGGGCCUGCAGGUAGACCACGACCGCAAAAUGCCCAAGAAGAAUGGGCGCAUCCAAACGGUGGUCUUGGCAUCUCUGGACCAGGGUCAGCCCUGGCGUCUGAGGAUCCAGAGGGAGAAGCUGAACGAGAGCGACAUCAUCUUGAGCUCCGUGAGUCUGCAGUUCUUCCCCUCCCCAGCCACCGAGGGGGUGGUCUUGGAGUGCAGCGCCUCCGAGGAGUUGAUCCGCGAGAUCAAGGCCUUUGUGCAGGAGGCCACCCCGCCGCAGCUGGAGGGCCAGUGCCUCUUCCACGUGGCCCGCACCGCGGGGUUGCCCUAUCACAGCCUGGUGACCUCAGUGCCGCGCCCGGCGCGGAAGUACGUGCUCAGGAACUUCCAGUGCAGCGAGCUGAAGAUCGGCCUGUGGUGCAGCUUGACCAGCGCCAGCCUCCCAAGCUAUGCGGUGGCCAUGCUCACCUUAAGCAGCUUCUCUCACACCUUGGACAUUGACGGGGCCCGGGUCAAGCUUGCAGGUCAAAGCUUCUUCCAUGCCCAGCCCUUUGAAGGCACCAUGGAGGCCCUGGCCAACGUCAUCGUGGAGCGUUACAAGCCAUGCGUAGCCGCCUCCUGGCGUUCCGUGGUGAACAACUCCAACGUGGUCCUUGGGGGCCUCUUCAGCCGCCACCUUUGGGCGCCGCGUCAGCGCAGCAACACCUUGCCCACCCAACUCUUGCUCUCCGUGCGCAAUGGGGUGGUGCUAUUCAGGUCCGAGAAGAACGAGCGGGUCAAUGAGCGGGCCACUGAGAGAUUGGAGGACACCGUCCAGGUGUGCAAGAAGGCCACGGAGGCUCCGCUGGAUGAGGAAACCUUCCAACAGGUUUUGCGGAGUGGCGACAUCAGGGCCAUCGAAACAUUUCUCAGGCGCCUCAUCGCAAUGAUUGGAGCUCGGGUUGGGAACGAGCAGCAGCUGACGCUCUACGCCAAGUCAUUGCUAGGCCCUAAGUCGGCGCGGCUGGACGAUGUAGCAGAUUACGUGUCUUCUGGCAAAUGCAGCUGGGUCGCGCCUUCUUAG